UAAAAAAUACAUCAUUUUUUGCAACUGUGGCAACAAUUCAGAUGAAUAUAGGGGAAACACUGUCACUGGUUUGAAUACCCUAGCCAACUAGGUGAGAGGAAAAAAACGGUCGAUGUGACCUUGAGCAAGGAGCUUACCCCUAAUUGAGCCAGUAAGUCACUCUGUUUUUAUUUUACCUUUAUUUAACUAGGCAAGUCAGUUAAGAACAAAUUCUUAUUUACAAUGACGGCCUACACUGGAUCAGAGCUAAAUGACCAAAAUGUAAAUGUGAGAGAGGAAGCGAGGAAUCAAAGAAAUACAACCGAGUCUCCCCCAGCAGGACGAUAUUUAGUCCACAACUACAACUCCCACAAUCCCCUCUGAUUGACGGUUUCGUCUUUUUGCAGUCGUUUUGGUAGUAGCAGCCGUCUGCAGUCAGAAGUUAUGGUACGUGGUAGUUUACAAACUUUUUUUCUCCUCAUACAAAAAACAAUAACAUAUACCUGUCAGCUACCCAACAGAUAUCAUUCACAGACCGAUGAUGCCUCCGCGAAAGCAGGAUUUCGGAAUUAAAAGCUCAGGAUGGGCCAGGAGCGGGUCCGUGAUAAACUUCAGACAAACAGUGAACUCGGGCUCUUUGCGCAGAUCUGCUGUCUUGCCAUCCGUGCUGACGUUUGCUGUCAUCGUGGCGUCUGGGGGCCUUCUGCUCAUGAUAGAGAAAGGAAUGCUGAAUAGUAUUGAGACACCUCCAGUUCGGGGAAACAGCAAGAGGUCAGACUACCUCAGACAAGCCCGACAUCUUGAUCCAGCUGUGGACGCAGAAUCCCAGAUUCUCCAGGAGAUCCGUAACCGCACCAUCCAGACCAUAUGUGGUCAGAAGAACAUGCCCCACAAUGUGUGGUCCCUGAGCCCCCUGCAGAGGAAAACCCUGCUGCAGCACAUCCUGGUAAACGACAAGCACCGCUUCCUCUACUGCUAUGUCCCCAAGGUGGCCUGCUCCAACUGGAAGAGGGUCCUGAAGGUCCUGAGUGGGGCUCUGGAGAAUGUGGAUGUCAGCAUCAAGAUGGACCACAAGAGUGACCUGCUUUUCCUGUCCUCCCUGAAGCCGGAGGAGAUCCGAUACAGGCUGAAACACUACUUCAAGUUCAUGUUUGUGCGGGAGCCCAUGGAGCGCCUGCUCUCUGCCUACAGGAACAAGUUUGGGGAGAUCAAGGCCUACCAAGAGAAGUACGGUGCUGAGAUCAUCAGGCGCUACAGAAAGGGCCAUGCCAAGGAUACAGCAGUGGCCGGGGAUGACGUGACGUUUUCAGAGUUUGUGCGCUAUCUGCUGGACGAGGAUGUGGAGCGCAUGAACGAGCACUGGAUGCCCAUCUACAACCUGUGCCAGCCAUGUGCCGUGUCCUAUGACUUCAUUGGCUCCUAUGAGCAUCUGGAGAGUGAUGCCGACUAUGCGCUACAGCGUAUUGGUGCACCUCUACACGUCCACUUCCCUGAGAGACAGACGUGGUACAAGCCUGUCACCACGGAGACGCUGCACUAUUACCUGUGCAGUCUGCCACAGAAGCUACUCAGGGAACUCCUGCCCAAGUACAUUCUAGACUUUUCCCUGUUUACUUACCCCCUCCCCAACACAACCACUGAAUACUGCAGACAUUAACUGCAAUAUUGUAUUGUAUAACUGGAAAAUAUUUUUAUACAGUAUCUUGUUACACAUUUGCAAUGUCUUUUUAUUCCUAGGGAACAAGCAGUAUUAUGAUAUGUUACUUCUUACAUUAGUUACAGAAUUGGGAAAUAGUUGGAAUACAUUUGACAUUUUAGUCAUUUAGCAGACGCUCUUAUCCAGAGCGACUUACAGUUAGUGAGUGCAUAGAUUUU